AUGGCCCUUCAAUUGUCUGGUUCCAACCGUCCAAAACGAAGACAUUUAGAUGUUGAUGCAGAAACUGAUGAUGUAUCUCAACAUAUCGAUACCUGGGCUCGAUUCCUAGUAAUAGAGACCCUUGAUAAACAACCUAUCAAACUCAAUCCGUUUGCUGUAUCGAAAGCCAUUUCCGGAAUUUGUGGAGAGGUGAAGAACGUGACUCGUCAACGUAGUGGUUCCCUCCUGGUUGAAUGUGCAAAGAAACAGCAAUCUCUCAAUCUACUAUCUGUCAAAUUGUUUGCCAAUAUUGAGGUUGCUGUGUCUGAGCACAGAACACUUAACUCUUGCCGUGGCAUUGUGCGUGACUGGACCCGUUGUCUGUCUGACAUGUCAGAGCAGGAGAUUGUUUCAGAAUUAGGACAGCAAGGUGUAACUGCCGUCAAAAGGUUUACCAGGAAGCAAGAUGGAGAUGUUGUUCAAACAAAUACCUAUCUUUUUACCUUUUCGAGACCUACUCUUCCUACAUCGAUCAAAGCUGGCUACAUGAAUAUUGGAGUGGAGGUGUAUGUCCCCUCUCCACUCCGGUGCUUCAAAUGCCAAAAGUUCGGCCAUGGAUCGAAAUAUUGCACUAGAUCCCCAGUUUGUCAACGAUGUAGUGGGAGCCAUGACAGCUCAGACUGCAGCGAGGACCUUAAGUGUAAAAAUUGUGAUGGUCAUCACAUGGCCUCUUCAAAAUCUUGCCCUGUUUGGAUUUUAGAAUCUAAAAUCCUUAAACUAAAACAUACAAACAACAUCACUUAUCAUGAUGCACGAAAGCUGGUUGUUCCCACGCUUCCAACAACUACAUCAAACUUAUCUUAUUCUGCUGCAGUAUCCCGUUCCACUCCAACUAAUUCUAUCACAUGUCAGACAGAUCUUACUUGGGUCCACUCUGAUCAGCCCCUUAAAAUGGCAUCCAUGAGUCAGAAUAAAGGAACAUCUACAUCAUCAUCUGACACAGAUAUUCAGCCUCCAAGCGAGCCUGCACAGCAGCCUGCCAGUCAGUCUACACGUCAGCCUGCACAAAGUACUGAACAUGCAAAUAUUCAAAAAAAGGAAAGGAAAAGACAAAACAAAAAACAAACUCAAAGAAGCGCAUCUCCUCCUGAGGUACCUCUUACUAACUCGUUUGGACCUCUGGAUAUGGAGGUGACCCUGUCUUCCGAAGACAGAGGUAGAAAUCCUUCUUCCUCACGACCACGUGAGAGGUCACCUAUUGAACCACCGUGA